AUGCAUGAGAUCAUGUCUGAGGGCAUCACCUUGGUGGAAGACAUAAAUAAGCGACGGGAACCGUUGCCGCUGCUGGAAGCAAUUUACCUAAUUACUCCAAUUGAUAAGUCUAUCAAGGGAAUGAUUGCAGAUUUCCAAAACCCAAACAGUACUCAGUAUAAAGCAGCACACGUUUAUUUUACAGAAGCUUGCCCAGAUGAAUCAUUCAAUGAGUUAUGCAAAUCUCCCAGUGCAAAGUUCAUAAAAACUUUGAAAGAGAUCAACAUUGCUUUCCUUCCAUAUGAAUCCCAGGUGUAUUCCCUAGACUCUCCAGAAACAUUCCAGUUCUAUUAUACGCCAAACAAACCAGGUCGUACCAUCAACCUCGAACGCUGUGCAGAGCAAAUUGCUACCCUGUGUGCUACUUUGGGGGAGUACCCAGCUGUGAGAUACCGAUCGGAUUUUGACCGCAAUGCAGAAUUUGCCCAGCUGGUUCAACAAAAGCUGGACGCCUAUAGAGCAGAUGACCACACAAUGGGAGAGGGUCCCCAGAAAGCCCGCUCUAUGUUGCUGAUCUUGGAUCGAGGAUUUGACCCCAUUUCUCCACUGUUGCAUGAGCUGACAUUUCAGGCAAUGGCUUAUGACUUGCUGCCAAUUGAAAAUGAUGUUUAUAAGUAUGAAAACACCAGUGGUAACGAGGUGACAGAGAAAGAGUACUUGCUUGACGAAAAUGAUGAAUUGUGGGUUGAACUUCGACACCAGCACAUGGCCAUUGUGUCACAGCAGGUUACCAAGAGGCUGAAGCAGUUUGCCGAAUCCAAACGGAUGACUACCUCUGAUAAGACCAACAUCCGAGAUCUGAGCCAGAUGCUGAAGAAGGCUCCCCAGUACCAGAAGGAGCUCAGCAAGUACUCUGCACAUUUUCACCUGGCCGAAGACUGUAUGAGGCAGUAUCAGAAACAUGUGGACAGGCUUUGUAAAGUGGAGCAGGACUUGGCCAUGGGAACAGAUGCCGAUGGGGAGAAGAUCAGGGACCACAUGAGGAACAUUGUCCCAAUACUGCUAGACUUGAACAUCACAGCAUAUGACAAGAUACGCAUCAUCCUCCUCUAUAUCAUUCAUAAAGCAGGUAUUUCUGAGGAAAACCUGGCCAAACUGGUGCAGCAUGCCCAGAUCCCUGCAGAAGAGAAAUGCAUCAUCACCAACACUCAAAACCUGGGGGUGCCAAUCAUUCAGGAUCCCACUUCGGGUAAGAGGGGCAUUGACAAUGAAGGUUAUGGAACUUUUCCAGAGAAGGGUGGCAGGCGUAAGGCUCAACAGCCGUACCAACCCUUUAACCGCAAGGCCAGAGCCUCGGAGCACACAUACCAGAUGUCUAGAUGGGUUCCGUACGUGAAAGACAUUAUUGAGGAUGCUAUUGAAGAGAAAUUAGAUCCAAGACACUUUCCAUUCCUGUCUGGUGGAGCAUCUGCCCGUCCACAAAUUUCAGGGCCAGUUAGCACUCGCUACGGCCAGUGGCACCAGGAAAAAGGCAAGCCGAGCUACAAGUCAGUGCCCAGGCUGAUCGUCUUUAUCAUAGGUGGCGUCACUUACUCUGAAAUGAGAUGUGCAUACAGUGUCACACAGUCUGUCAAGAACUGGGAGGUUCUUAUUGGUGCAACACACAUCCUGACCCCAGAAGGAUUCUUGAGUGAUCUACGCAGCCUGAGUACCAACCAGAAUUAA